GGGGUGCUGCACUAGGAACCCCACCUCCGGGAGAAAGGCACCACGAGGUCAUCUGUUUACUCUGGGAUUAGCGGCUCCCCGCGGGAGUUCUUUUCCUACGAGAUGAAAAGAAAGCGGACAAUCUGUCAGGUAAACAGGCCGCAUUGUUCCCAGCCAUGUCGGGGGCCCCUUUGUGGGCCGGGCCUUUGAGAUCGGUUGCUCCCUUGCACAGGGAGAGAGCUUACUUAAAGGGAAUGGAACGGAAUGGGAGGCCCCAGCUGGUGGGCAGGUCGCCUGCUGCUGAUACAGGGAGGGACAGAGGGCUUGGACAAUUCCGGCUUUUCCUUAGCUGCUCUCCUUGCAAGCCCCUUCCUCCCCAUGGGUCUCUUGAUGAGUCCAACAAGACAGGCACGGAGCCCGAUCUCACAGAUGGGGAAGCUGAGGCCAGCGGCAGCUUCCCCCCCCCGCACAGAAGAGAGCUCCUGGCAUUCCAGCAGCGGGUGGCUGGAAGAAAACCAGGGACCUGGUCUAACCACCUCACUCUUCAGAUGGGGAAUAGCUGGAGACACAGGAAUUGGCAGAGCACGAUUUCUGCACUGGAGGCUUCCCCAUGUAUCCCUGCUGGGUAGCGGGGAACUUGGGAGCCACGACCAUCCCCACCAGUGGGCUGUCAGUUUUAUGGAUUCCCAGAAUAUUUAACAGCUGAGUGGAUGGGACUGGUCAAGGCCGGCCUGUUUCCUCCCACAUCUACCCAUAAGGUAUCUUCCUGGGAAGCAGGGAAGACAGUGCAAGCCCCGCCCCGCAAGAGCCAGGGCACUGUCCUGAGCCUCAUCCCUGGAGGGCAGCAAUGGACCAUCCACGUGUCUAAGCCCCCAUCACCAGCCGGGGCCCCAGUGACUCAGAGCCUGCUCUUCCUGAACUCGGCAGGAAGAAAACUGAAGGCCCGAAAGCCCCAGCCACACUAUGACCUGGAGGGACACAGGCCAGCCUCCAAGGUGGCCGGCCUCCUGUACUCCAGUGCUGAGUACUCUCCUCUCAUGGUGGAUCAGAGCUGGUCUACCGGACCAAAUCUCGGCGCUCCCUGCCAAGCAGCCCUGGCCGGCCAGGCUGCCGGCUACCUGCACAUGCCGGGUUCUGGAGCCUUCGGCGCCCGUGCGCCCCCCUGCCCCCGCGCCGUGAUUGAUAUCUUGAUUAGGCGCCAGGAGUUGGCGGACCAGGUGUUACCUCGGCGCGGGCUGGAGGCGGCGCGCUCUGCGAACCCGGCCCUGAAAGGCGCAGGCAUGUUCCGCGGCAGCAAUGAGCCUUUGUUUGCCUUGGCAGCGCCGCGGCCUCCCUGGGGCCGGCCCCAUAAAGGGUUUCUGUUCGGGCUGGAGGACUCAUUGUCAAAAAAUUGUCCCUCGAAAAAUUAG